UCCGGACGGCAGUCGGGGUAGAGCCCCAGCGGCGGCUAAGAAGCCCCUUUCUGGAGAGAGGUACGACCCGAGCGGAUCUCUCCUAUUUCCCUGUUGCCGCACGCCGAACCGGGCACAAUAUGAGUCAGGCCUCCUGGACAGGGAAGAGGACAAACAUGCUCCCUGAGAUCGCCGCCGCCGUAGGCUUCCUCUCCAGCCUCCUGAGGACCCGAGGCUGUGUGAGCGAGCAGAGACUGAAGGUGUUCAGCGGGGCUCUCCAGGAGGCACUAACAGAGCACUAUAAACACCACUGGUUUCCCGAGAAGCCAUCCAAGGGCUCUGGCUACCGCUGCAUCCGCAUCAACCACAAGAUGGACCCCAUCAUAAGCAAGGUGGCCAGCCAGAUUGGACUCAGCCAGCCCCAGCUGCACCAGCUGCUGCCCAGAGAGCUCACUCUGUGGGUAGACCCCUAUGAGGUAUCCUACCGAAUAGGGGAGGAUGGCUCUAUCUGCGUCUUGUAUGAGGAGGCCCCGCUGGUUGCCUAUGGACUCCUCACCUGCAAGAACCAAAUGAUGCUGGGCCGGAGCAGCCCCUCCAAGAACUAUGUGAUGGCCGUCUCCAGUUAGCUUCCCUGCCACCCUCACCUCGCACUCUACUGUACUCAUCCUUCCGUGACAACAGGCCACGUCAUACCUCAACCUGGGGAACUAUAUUUUAAAUGAAGAGCUAUUUAUAUAUAUUAUUUUUUUAAGAAAAGGGAGGAAAAAAACCUAAAGAUUUUUAAAGAAAAAAGUCCUUAAAGGGUGCUGCUUGGAAGCAGCCUUCCCAGGUGCCUUUGGAGACAACUGUUGUGCACUUCAGUCUGGGAGCCAGUGUCUGCCUAUGGGAGCAGGGAGUGUGUAGGGGUGGACCUGACCAAGGUGAGGUGGAGGAAUCUUGACCAGCACCUCAAGAAGAUGUGAGAGGGAGCAAGCAUGGUUAACAGCUGUGAAUGAGAGAGAUCAGGAUCUGCCCUGGGGGUGGGGGGGAGGCUGAUUCAAAUUUGUCACUCUCCCAACCAAGACUCCUUACAGCCCUGACCUCAGGGGCUUUCAUGAACUUAACUCCUGCUGCCUAAUCCUCACUUUUGUUUUUCUGUUGAGAUCCUGGGCAGAGAGCGAUUCCUUCUGUCCUAAGCAGCUUUUCUUAAAAUCAUCACUAAAUUCUAUCCCCAGGGGCUAGAUGUAGAUAUUGCUUCCCAGCCAGGAAUCUAAAGCUUUUUAUUUUGUGGGGGUCAGGGGAGUGAGUAAGGCAGAGAUUGCUUUGCAAUGUGCUGCUGUGUGUGUAACUGGUGAACAAUUUGGGGGUGAUAUGCAAUGGAAUUUUAGGACCCAAAGAAUAUCCACUGGGUUUUUUUCUUUUUCUUUUUUAGGCCAAAACCCUUCGUUUUGGAACCACAUGGAAGUCCUAAUGCUGCUUCCAUUAUCCCUUUAAGAGGUGGCUCAAAAGCUAUAGGGAACUCCAGGUCCUUUAUCACUGCCUCCUUUUAAAAAGUACAACACUCCUCUCUAACUCUGCCUACUCUUCUCCCAUCUGGUUGGGUCAUGGAGCUACCCUAUUUUCUAGGACAAGAGUUCUCAAUCACUGUGCAAUAUGGCUUCCCAGUCCCAGAAGGAGGUGGGAAACUGGCCCUCAGAAACUCCUGGUGCUCUGGUGGGCUGAGGGAGCCAUCUCUCUGUCCUCAGAACUGUAGUUGGCUGCUCAGCUUUGCAGGUAUCCCGUGGCUGAUCAAGAGAAAGCCCCAAAUUCUGUAGGAUUACUUGGUAUUCUUGUAGGGCCGACACUAAAAACCAAACAUUGGGCAUUGUUUUUUCUCCCUGGUGCUCAUAGCACCUCUGGGAGAGGUUGCUGUCUCUCAGUGCAAUCCAAAUGUGUCUAUAGACUUGUGCAAUAUUUACUGUUCUGGGUUGGUGAAAAAAAUGGAAAACUACCUUUGGUUUCUCAGUGACAUUAGUAAGGGGCCCUCAGAAGGCCUUGAAUUCCCUAACCUGAGUCACCUUAAAAAGGACAUAGCUGGAACAUCUGGCCAACCUGGCUGCCCUCCUGCUAUUGCCCGUUAGUGAGGAGCCUCCCCCAAUUACCACCACUCUUACUAGUCUCCUCCCCAUUGCAUCCCCCUUUCCUGGGUUUCUUAACUACUCAUUCUGACUCACAGGUGCUAUUUACCACUCUCCCAACCCAUUCCUGUCUGUUCUGCCUCCUUUUCAACUCUCCAGAUCCAAGCUAUUUUCCCAAACCCUGCUUACAGUGUUUAUUGCUUUAAAGGUAACUUCGGGCCCAGACCCAAGAGCUUAUUUUCUGGCUGGUGGGUUUAAACAAAGCUGUGAAUCACUGAAGAUUACAUUGCAUUUUGUCUGCAAACAGGUCCCUGCCUUUAUAGAAACAGCCUCAUGAUCGUAUGCUUAAUCUGUUCUCUCUUCUCUUCUUUUUUGAUGUUCACUUUAAAAAAAUAAAAAUGCCCAGAGCUGGACUGUUGAGCAGGCCUGUCUCUCCUAUUAGGUAAAAAAUAGUAGUGCUUUUGUAAGCUAUUCUGAAAGAAAAAACAAAGGUUACUAAUUGUAUAAUAGUGUUUUUAUAUGGAAGAAUGUACAGUUCUACAGGCAAGUGUACACUUUUUUGUUAUUUUAAUAAAACUGUAGCAGAUGAAGUUGUGUAAUGCAGAGAAGGUAAAAUUCCCACAUCACUAAUUUGGGUGUCUUUCAGACCCAAAUCUUCUCUUUGUGUCUUCAGUUGCACUCAGAAGGCCUAUAUCCUGUGGCUAGGUAAAAGAAGAAUCUAAGAUGUGUGGCCACAGCAUUUCCAAGCAUCACCUCUUCCCUAGGAAGUAGCUCCUUAUUUACUUCCUUUAAUGCAUAUUCUAACAGCUCCCUGUGAAAAUGCUAGACUCAGACAGCAUUCUUGUAGCUAAGCACUUAAUUCAGCCAGGGCCCAUCUUACACAUCCUGUUCUUGCUAGGCCUUAGUUGUAUUCACCUUUCAGCAAGAAUAUAUUGUCAGUUCUUGGCGCUAGAAAUACUAAAGAUGAUUAAGACACACAGACUGAGGUGAUAAGCAGAAGAUACCAAGCCCUUUCCCAGGUUGGGGCAGAAUUGUUAGAAAUUUCUUGUAAGGGUCUUCUGCCCUCUCUGGAAUUACCCUUUGCUGGAACCACCAGCCUCAUCUUAUUAGACAAGAAAAGUUAGACCUCAGUAGUUUCCACUGAGGUCAGAAGUAUAUUUUUGAUCUGAGCUAGUUUUUUUUUGUUUGUUUUUAUAAUGUUCUUGGCCAUAGGUGCUCUCUUUAAAUUUUAAACAUGAACAACUGGCGCCCCCCCACCCCCCGCCCAACACAUACCUUUCAUUUCACACCUCCACAACUUUAAUCAACAAACUUGUAGUUUAACCUAAGUGUCCUAGGUGGCAGGUGGGCCUUGGAGGCUCUGUGUGAUACACUGGGAGGGUAGGUGAGCCAGGAUAUGGGGAUGGAGGAAGCCAGCUCCUUUGUAUCAAAUACAAUUGGUUAUGGGGACCCACUUGUUUCAAGGAGUUGUUAUUUAAAGAAAUGUUUCCAUUUUCAUUUGUAGCUCCUAAUACAAAUGUCCUGGGCACUAUAAGGACCCACUUUUUUGGGUGUAAGGACCCAGGGUUAAGGUUGAAUUUUUGCCCAUCUAAGAGUGCUAUUCUCUUAUUUAGUACAAAGUCAGCAUCUACCUUUUUUCUUAAUAAGCCCCACUCAUGGAGAAUAUUUCAUUUAGUAGAAAGACUGAAAUUCACAGAAGCUUGUGUAGAGGGUAAGGGGACAUCCUCACACAUGU